AUGGCCUUCGCCGGCCAAACACCCACAAUCGUCGUGUUGAAGGAGGGGACGGAUACUUCUCAGGGCAAGGGCCAGGUCAUUUCCAACAUCAAUGCCUGUGUCGCUGUACAGGCAACGGUCAAGAGCACGCUCGGCCCAUACGGUGGUGACCUGCUGCUGGUCGAUGCCAACGGCAGGCAGACCAUCACCAACGAUGGCGCUACUGUCAUGAAGCUACUGGAUAUCGUGCACCCCGCCGCCCGCAUUCUCACUGAUAUUGCCCGAUCCCAAGAUGCCGAAGUCGGUGACGGUACAACCUCCGUGGUGGUCCUCGCGGGUGAGAUUCUGAAGGAGGUGCGCGACCUCGUGGAGCAGGGAGUUAGCUCGCAGACGAUCAUGAAGGGUCUGCGGAGAGCUAGCGCUAUGGCGGUCAACCGGGUCAAGGAGAUUGCGGUGGACACGAUGGACUCGACGGUCACUGAAGAGAAGAAGAUCGAGACGCUCCGACGGUUAGCCGCGACGGCGAUGAACAGCAAGCUCAUCAAGCGGAAUUCGGACUUUUUCACCAAGAUGGUUGUGGAUGCGGUGCUUUCGCUGGACCAGGAUGAUCUCAACGAGAAGCUGAUCGGAGUCAAGAAGAUUACCGGUGGAGGACUCCAGGAUUCGCUCUUCGUCAACGGUGUUGCUUUCAAGAAGACCUUCUCCUACGCCGGAUUCGAGCAGCAGCCCAAGUCCUUUACCGACCCGAAGAUUGUGUGUUUGAACGUCGAGCUGGAGCUGAAGAGCGAAAAGGACAACGCCGAAGUUCGGGUCGAGCAGGUCUCUGAGUACCAGGCGAUCGUCGACGCGGAGUGGCAGAUUAUCAACAACAAGCUCGAGUCGAUCUACAAGACGGGUGCGAAGGUGGUGCUCAGCAAGCUGCCCAUUGGUGACCUUGCCACACAGUACUUUGCGGACCGCGAUAUCUUCUGUGCCGGCCGCGUCGCCUCGGACGACAUGGACCGGGUGUGCCAGGCCACGGGCGCAGCGACCCAAUCGACGUGUAGCGACAUCCAGGACCGUCAUCUGGGCACCUGCGGCUCGUUCGAGGAACGCCAGAUCGGUGGGGAGCGCUUCAACAUCUUCUCCCAGUGCCCGAAGGCCAAGACGUGCACUCUCGUGUUGCGCGGUGGCGCCGAGCAAUUCAUCGCGGAGGUGGAGCGAAGUCUGCACGACGCCAUCAUGAUCGUGAAGCGCGCCCUGCGCAACACGACCAUUGUCGCCGGUGGCGGUGCAUGCGAGAUGGAGCUGUCCAGCUACAUGCACGGCUUCGCGGACCGCAAUGUGCCGCACAAGCAGCAGGCCGUGGUCAAGGCGUUCGCCAAGGCACUGGAGGUCAUCCCGCGGCAGCUGUGCGACAAUGCGGGCUUCGAUGCGACGGACAUCCUGAACCGAUUGCGCGUCGAGCACCGCAAGGGCAACAUCUGGGCCGGCGUGGACUUCGAUCAUGAGGGCGUGCGUGACAACAUGGUGGCCUUUGUGUGGGAGCCCAGCCUGGUCAAGGUUAAUGCCAUCCAGGCGGCGGUGGAGGCGGCCUGCUUGAUUCUGAGUGUGGACGAGACAAUAAAGAACGAGGAGUCCGCCCAGGCCCAGGGCCCGCAGCGUGGUCUGCCCCCCGGCGCCGCCCAGCGUGCUCUCCGAGGCCGCGGCCGGGGCAUGCCCCGACGUUAA